AUGGAGUACAUAUACAACCCGUACGACGGGAUAUACUACGAGGUCGUGCCGCGUCUUCAAGAGCGCACCGACAACUCCACAGACUGCGUCUCGUGUCCCUCGCUGCCCGCGUGUCCCGCGUGCGACUCCACCGAACAGUGUGCCCAGUCGUCCGGAUCCUGCACCACCUGUCCCACGCGGUACUGUGCCAACAUCACAUCCAGCCUGACCUCCGCGUCCAGCACGCAGGCCGUGUCCAAAGGGCCGAGUUCGGCCAAAGUGGGCGGAAUUGCAGGCGGUGUGGCUGCGUUUGUGUUUCUGAUCCUAUGCGGCCUGUUUUACCUGCUCUACAAGAAGUGGUACAAGAAACGGUACCCACACGGCUUUUUCUACUACUACGAGGACGACGACGAGGACGACGACGACAAGGAGCAGCUCACGGGGGGCCCGAGACAGCGGCGAAAUUCGCAGUCGACGCUCACGACAAUGACCAACUCGGUGCUAACCAAGGCGUCGAAUGUGAUCAACGUGACGUACAUUCCGGGCGUGACGAUCCGCAACGGCAGCGCCAAGCUCACAAACAGCCGUGCAGGCGGGUCCUCGAACGGCAGCAACCGCGCCCUGAGUGUAUACUCGAAGGAGACGUAUUUUAGCGAUUUGGAGGCCGCCUCGAUCCACGGAGGCAACGUGGUCACCAGGGGCGGCGUGCCGCGGCUGGUGAAUGUCGAGGAGGACGCUUAUGACUACGAGCCGCCCAAGAGCCGGUUUGUGCUGGAGGACACGAUCGAGGAGGGCGAGGACGAGGACGAGGACGAGCCUAGGACCGACUCGCGGACCGGGACUUCUGCAGGCACAACUCUCGGGUUCGGGCCGCUGUUGCUGCGCAGCAACGACGACGUGCUCGGGAGCAGCGACGAUUCGGAUCUGGGCGACUCCGACGAGGAGAACAUCGAAUUUCUCACCACGCAGCACAGAAAAGAGCAGGAGCACCAUGCGCAUGCCGGCGGCGACACUGUUUCGUUGGACAUUCCCCUAGAGACUUUGGGACGGGCCGACAGCAACGAGGUGAUCCUGGAGGUGGAUCUGGACGUGAAGGACAACGGGUCAAAUCCGUUUGAGUCUCCGUUGGAUUUGCAGAAAAAGUAG